AUGGAGAUCAAGGAUAUGAAGGAACUCAAAUGGCCUGUCAGAAUGAGGUCACCACCCGAACACUGGGACAUGAAAAAAUACUGUGAGUUCCAUCGGGAUCAUGGGCAUACCACGGAGAACUGUAAGGUCCUACAACGGGAAAUUGAAGCCCUUAUUAAAAGGGGACUCUUGAGUUCCUACGUCAGUAACGACAAACGCCCGAGGAAUGAUCGUGGCAGGGAAAAUGCCCCUGAGGCAAAAAGGGAUGGUCAACCCACUGCUGGAACCAUCAAUAUCAUCAUUGGGGGUAUUGCCUCGGGAGGAGACUCCAACAGUGGAAGAAAACAAUAUGCCCGACAAUAUGUCUUGGCCUCUGGGAUGCCUCAUGAAAAGCUGGAGGAUAUUACUUUUGGGACCGGGGACUUAGAAGGUGUAUCACUUCCACAUGAUGACGCCUUGGUAAUCUCAGCGAUUGUGGCCAAUUUUGAAGUGAAGAGAAUCUUGGUUGACAACGGGAGUGCGGCCAAUAUACUUUCACAAGAAGCUUUUGCCAAAAAUGGGAAUCUCAUCUCACCAACUCAAAGCGGUUAA